GGCAGUUUUGGGUCUUGGGAAGUUAAUGGAAAAAUUAAUUAUAUGUAACAGGCUUCUCUAUAGUAAAGUGGCUUCUGCUGGAAUAUCUAUGGAAGGGAAAGCAUGAUAGUCAGUGUCUUGCUUUCUUUGGGAGAAAAAACUUGAUGAAUUUCUGACAGCAUAUAAGAGUGUAUCAGGUAGGAUUGUGCUUCUCAGCUGUUUGAAUUGAGGGGUCAUGAAGCUGUUGUUUCAUGUUUGGUGAUAUUAGUGGAAAAGAGUUUCUUGUUACUUAAAAUCUUUUGGUUCUUAGGUGCACUGGUUUUGGGAUACAAGGAAAAGUAUUGAUGGAACAGUGAACAUGAGCUGCAGACAUGCUGGUCUUAAGUGUCUUUUGUCUGCUGACACUUAGAAGCAGGUUCCUGGCCAGAUGUUUGAGUGAUGAAUUAUUUUGUUCAGUUGUUGCAAAAUAUCUUCAAACUGUAACUUCAAAAACUGAUACAGGUAGAAAAUGCCUCAAACCAUUCAUUUUCUCUCUUUUUUUCAGUACUUCAUUUCUUACAGACAGAGAAAAGCCGGCUUCCAGUAACUGUGCUGUUUUUCCCUCUUUGGUUCAACUCCUAGAAAAGAACUUAUGUGUCACAGUAAUACUAAUUUUUUCCCCUUUGCUCUUUCCUGCUGUUGUUGCCAGGAUUUGUUCCCACUUGUAAACAAGUGGUGCAGGGAAGAUGGAGAUGGGGAGGAGUUUGGACUCACUGUGCAAAUACCUACAGACAUAUUAAUCUAAAUUGAUGCCUCGUUGAAAAAAAAAAUCACAGGUGAAGUAAGCAGCCAACAAUGGCUCAUUCAAAGGCUCUCUUAGUGCUGGAAAACUUCAUAGGUGGCACAUUUGUUCCUUGUUCCUCCUACAUAGACUCCUAUAAUCCAUCCACUGGAGAUGUCUAUUGCAGGGUUCCAGACAGUGGCAAGGGAGAGGUGGAAGCUGCUGUCAAAGCUGCCAAAGAUGCCUUCCCAAUUUGGUCCUCAAAAAGUCCAUUGGAAAGAUCUCAGAUCCUGAACAAAUUGGCAGACCUGAUUGAACAUGACCUGGAAGCAUUCGCACAAGCAGAGUCAAAGGAUCAGGGAAAAACUAUUACAUUUGCCAGAACGGUGGACAUCCCUCGGGCCGUGUACAACUUUCGAUUCUUCGCCUCUUCCAUCCUUCAUCACGUCACAGAGUGCACCGAAAUGCCAGCCAUGGGCUGUGUGCACUACACCUCGAGGGCACCUGUGGGAGUUGCUGGUUUAAUCAGUCCUUGGAAUUUGCCAUUGUACUUGUUGACUUGGAAAAUAGCUCCUGCCAUUGCAUGUGGAAAUACUGUGGUUGCCAAGCCAAGUGAGAUGACAUCUGUUACAGCCUGGAUGAUGUGCAAACUCUUGGAGAAAGCAGGGGUGCCUGCUGGGGUGGUGAAUAUCGUGUUUGGCACAGGCCCCAAGGCAGGAGAGGCCCUGGUGUGCCACCCUGACGUGCCUCUCAUCUCCUUCACGGGCAGCACGCUGACGGCCCAGCGGAUCGCAGAGAAGAGCGCUCCACACUGCAAGCGGCUCUCGCUGGAGCUGGGAGGCAAAAACCCCGCCAUCAUCUUCAGUGAUGCUGACUUGAGCCAGUGCAUCCCCACCACCGUGAGGUCCAGCUUUGCCAACCAGGGUGAGAUCUGUCUCUGCACCUCCAGGAUCUUUGUUCAGAGGGAAAUAUACAGUGAGUUUUUGAAGAGGUUUGUGGCAGAGGCCAAGAAGUGGAAGACUGGGAAUCCCUCAGAUCCUACAAUCGAUGUGGGAGCACUAAUAAGUAAAGAGCAUCUACAAAAGGUAAGGAACUACGUGAAGAAAGCCCAGGCUGAAGGAGCCAGAGUCCUCUGUGGAGAGGGAGUGGAUCCUUUAGCCCUCCCACCUGGCAACCAGAAAGGCUAUUUCAUGUUGCCCACAGUUAUUGCUGAAGUCAAGGAUGAAUCUUGUUGCAUGCAAGAAGAGAUCUUUGGUCCUGUGACAUGUGUGGUAGCAUUUGAUACAGAAGAAGAGGUGAUCAGAAGAGCCAAUGGUGUGAAAUAUGGCUUGGCAGCCACGGUGUGGUCCAGCGACGUGGGACGUGUUCACAGGGUGGCACACAGGCUUCAGUCUGGAUUGGUGUGGACCAACUGCUGGCUUGUGAGAGACCUGAACUUGCCAUUUGGUGGGAUGAAAGCCUCAGGCAUAGGCAGGGAGGGAGCAAAGGAUUCAUAUGAGUUCUUCACCGAGGUCAAAACCAUCACAAUAAAGCACUGACAUAUGUCAACUGAAGUAUUUUAGAGUGCAAUAAAUGACAGCAAUUUGAGUUACCAAAAUGGCUCCUUAGAAUACAGGCUGCUAUUGUGGCAAUUCCUUUCUUGAACUUUGGUCAAGUAAUAUCAAUGACAGCUGAAAAUGAUCAUCCCAAAUGCUAAUGUUUAAGUCAGUUUUUCAUGUUGGAUGAGAAAGUCAAUGUAGACCUUGAUAUUUUUGACAUUCCUGCCUUAAAAAUCUGUCCCUUUAAGGCAGAUUGGAGAAGGAGUAAUAUAUGACAGUAACUCUUGUUUGUAAAUUACCUUGAGGGACAAAGUAGCAAGCAUGUGGUGAGACUGAUAUUGUAAAGGGGAAUCAGCUCAUUUUCACUCUAAACAGUGGGUCCCAUCCACCCAUAUUGCACUUCACUGAUAAUCAAGGAUUGAUAUUACACUGAAAGCCUGAGGAACUAUCUUCAACCUACUAAGUGGUUUUAAACUGUGGGGUCAUUACAUUCUCUUGAUAUUCAUGAUGACAAUAAAUGUUUUAAUUAUAACCUUCUUUAUGGUAGGGAGCUGAAUCAUCCUAAUACUUGUUCUCUGACUAUUUUGAAAUGAAAGCCUUUUGCCACUUCAAGACCUCAAUGAUGGUGGUUUUGACAUCCCUGAACAAAAAUAUUGGCUGCAUCACAAAUAACAUCACUCUUCACUAAUAGAACCCAGAAUUUACUCCUGAGAGAAUGAACUGUUGGAAAUAUUUGUCACCAAAAUAUAAAACCACUUCCAACUCU